AUGUAUCGAUUCAAGUUACUACUAGAAGUAAUGCCUAUUGGACAUUCUGUAAAUAUCAUUUCCGGAUGGAAUGCGGUCAUAUUAGCACGUACUGCACUGAUCAUUCAGUUAGUUCAUGAAUAUGCCAUUCAUCCUCGGUCAGUAAUUGACCUCGUUCAAUGGCGACAGCUUAUCAUCGGACCAACCCCACCAUUAAGGGGUCAUAAUGCAUUCAACCAUACGCAAUCCACUGAUUUUUUCGGGAACACUCACAAGGACCAGCCCAAAGAUUUGAUCAUAUCUAAUCAUACAUAUAACAAUGAUACAUCUCAGCUUCUAACUCCGAAUGGAUUAUUAUUUGGAAUCAGAACCUAA